AUGGCCGACUAUAAAGCGAUAAUCAAAAGUGCGGACAUGUCUGAAGAUAUGCAGCAAGACGCUAUUGAAUCCACAGUGAGAGCAAUCCAAACAGAGGCAGUGUUCAAAGAUAUAGCUGGCUAUAUAAAAAAAGACUUUGAUAGGAGAUAUGGACCAACGUGGCAUUGCAUUACAGGAAACAGCUUUGGGACUUUUGUUACCCAUGAAGAGCGGCAUUAUAUUUAUUUUUUCUUAGAUGAAUUAGCUGUCUUACUUUUUAAAUCUGCUUAA